CACCGAGCAAAGAAAACGGAGAAGAAGAAGUAAACAAAAAAUCAGCUGUCCAAAUAAGUAGCUAAAGUAAACAACGGACAGGAAUAAGGCAUGUCCUGAGCUUGAGUGAAACCCUGACUGAGCUCUCAACACAUCUGCCACGAUGCCUGCAGUGUCCACGGGGGUCAAAGAGCUGUAUUUGUCCACAUCUCUGGGUGACCUCAACAAGAAGGCUGAAGUGAAGCCAGACAAGACGAGCACCAGAAGCUAUGUUCAGAGUGCCUGCAAACUUUUCAAGGCGGCGGAGGAGAACCGUCUGGACAGGGAUGAGGAGAAGGCUUACGUGCUGUACAUGAAGUAUUUAACGGUCUAUGACAUCAUCAAGAAGAGACCAGACUUCAAACAACAACCAGACUAUUACAUGACUCUGCUUGGGACAAAUAGCUUCAAGAAAGCCAUCGAAGAAGCUGAGAAGCUUUCUGAAAGCCUUAAACUCAGGUAUGAAGAAGUCGAGGUCAGAAAAAAACUGGAGGAGAAGGAGAGGCUGGAGGAGAAGAAGAAACGAGAGGAGGAAACGGAGAAAGAGAAYGAGAGGAGCUCUCCAAAAGUCUCGUCUGCCAACAAGAAGGACAGCAAGAAGGUGAAAAGUGAGCAAAAUGAGCUGAAGACUGUCAUCAGCAAAGCUGCUCAGCCAGCAGGAGGGAUCACAGCUGAGAAACUUUUCCACAUGAUGAAGGACCAGACCAUCUCAGUCAUGGUCAUGGACGCCCGCAGCCUCAGGGACUACCAGGAGUCCCACAUUCAGGUCUCAGGCCAGRCCUGCAUCAGUGUGCCUGAGGAGGCCGUCAGUCCAGGUGAACUUCAGCUACCCGUCUCUGGAGGAACCGAAUCCUCUGGCGCCGGUUCAGGACCAGCCCGAAGUUCCCCCCGAGCCUCCAGAGCCGUCGGUUCCCGUCCUGGUGAACGGGGUCGCACCCGCCGAGCCCCCUGCGUCCAAAACCUCCGCGCUCGCCGACAAGCUGCCCGACUCAGUCGAYGCGUCCGGCGGCGGCGGCGACUCUACGACAGCCGGGCUCGACCCGACUAAGAAGGGUUCUGCAGCCAGCCCGUCUCCUGCAGCCGGCAGGUCCUUCCCUCAGUUCGACCGCACCAAGAAACCGUCCGAUCAAACGAAACCCGGCACUCCCAACGGCCCGGUCAUCCCCGACCGCUCGGGCAAACCGGCGUUCAGCAGCGGCGCGGCGCUGUCCAAAGACGAGCAGAAACAGAUCCACUCCGAGGUGCUGGCCAUGAAGGAGAAGGCCCGACAGGAGCAGGAGAAACGCAACCAGGAGCGCCGCCUGGAGGAGGAGCAGAAGGAGAGGCUGGAGAGAGAGGCCAGUGAGAAGAGGAGGAAGGAGGAGGAGGAGAAGAAACAGGAGAAGAAGAAGCUGGAGCGACAGAAAGCGGAGGAGGAGGAGGACAAGGAGAACCGGGUCUGGGGCGAGAGGGAGAGGCCGGGACGAGAUCCGAACUCUGAGGCUCCUUCUAAGAGCAUGUCUCUGGACUCACCUGUUCCGAACCACCUGGUCUCUGAAAUAAAGAGGGAGCCUCUGACCCGAGCACGCAGCGAGGAGAUGGGCCGGAGCGUCCCAGGACUUCCAGACGGUUGGAUGAAGUUUCUGGACACGGUGACCGGCAUCUACAGAUACUACCACUCCCCGACCAACCGUGUCCACCUGUACCCCCCCGAGGUCACGGUUCCCCAGACCCCGCCCUCCACGCCGCCCACCGUCAAGCAGAAGCCUCCGCGGUCCGCCGAGCCUGACACCAGCYGCGAGCGGGAGCAGUCCAAACUGAAGCGCUCCUACUCGUCUCCGGACAUCAGCCAGGACCUGAGGGAGGAGGCCCAGAGGAAGGCCUCGGCCCCGCCCCGCGGACAACAGGAAGCGGUACAAGGAGGAGGACAACGACCACCUGAACGACCAGAGUGCAGCAGACGUGGCGUGGAACAAACACAAGAUGCUGAACGAGUCCAUCAUCGUGGCUCUGUUCCAGGGUCAGUUCAAAUCCACGGUGCAGUGUCUGACCUGCCACUGCAAGUCCCGCACRUUUGAGACCUUCAUGUACCUGUCGCUGCCCCUGGCCUCCACCAGCAAGUGCUCCCUGCAGGAUUGUCUCCGGUUGUUCUCCAAGGAGGAGAAGCUCACCGACAACAACAAGGUGUUCUGCAGGAAGUGUAAAGCUCACAGAGAUUCCACCAAGAAGCUGGAGGUCUGGAAGGUUCCCCCGAUUCUUCUGGUGCACCUGAAACGGUUCUCUUAUGAAGGCAGGUGGAAGCAGAAGCUGCAGACGUCUGUGGACUUCCCUCUGGACAGUCUGGACCUGAGUCAGUACGUCAUCGGACCCAAACACAACCUGAAGAGAUACAACCUUUACGGCGUUUCUAAUCACUACGGCGGCCUGGACGGCGGCCAUUACACGGCGUACUGUAAGAACGCCCAGAAGCAGCGCUGGUACAAGUUCGACGACCACGAGGUGACRGAAAUCUCCUCAUCUUCGGUGAAGUCAUCCGCAGCCUACAUCCUGUUUUACUCCACGCUGUGAGGACGCCGCCGGAGCGCCCUGGCUCCAGGUUUGUUUUCAGAACGGCGGCUCUCAGGGGGAGGAGCCUGAAGCUGCGGGUCACGAGGUCACAGCGAGACCCUGGAGGCGUUCGGCYGUUUGAGCUGCUGAAACCUGCCGCCCGCUCACAUUACUGACCAUCCAGAGAAAACGCUGCUCUCUCUCGUUAACCCACCUUUCUGCUAUAGUUUUAGGGCUGACAGCUGAUCUUCGCUCUCAUGUCUGGUUCAGAGCGGCGGCGGCGGCGCUGCAGAACUGACCGCUGCCUUCGUGUACACAGAAUCAACAGUUAGAUGUACAUUCUCAACAAUGCUGAUGUUGCACAUUCUGAUAGCUUCUGUAAAUACUGGAGGGUGAAAUGUUUCAGUGACCAAAUUAAUCUUUUUUUUAAACAUACCGUAAACACUCAGACUGUUUGAUUUAAAGGUGGUAUCUCAUUUCUAAUAACUUUAAUAAAGCAGCUCGUCCUCUCCUUGAUCACAAAACUAAAUUUAGUUUUUGUUUUAUGGAGGCUGCCAUGUUGGAUUUAUAGCCCAUCUUUAGGAGGAUAGCCCCGCCUCCUCACUAACAGACUGUCAAUCACACUAUUUCCUUAAACCUUUAAUGACUAAUUGAAACUGAUCAUAUUAGAAAAAUGUAAAAUAGAGGGGCGGGGCUUGAAAGUUGUCCUGGGCCCGGCCACUAGGGGGUGGGCUGUCCCUUCACAGGUCCUGUCCAAAGUCUGUUAAUACGGGUAGACCUCGGACCAGAACCACAGAUGAAGCCCCUCACGUCUGCUGGGUCCAAAAACACAACAUGGCAGCUUCUGUGAAGCGGCUCUGCCAGCAGUCCUGACACAAAACGCUUCAAAAACAAACCAAACUGACGUAUUUUAUGUCAAAAUGAGGCGUUUAUUAAAACCAACGCAGCGUCACGUCGACCUCAGAGCUCAGCAGGGAUCAAAAACAUAUUUUCACAAAUUCACAGUAAAGUUUUAAYUUUAUGACGACAUGAUUCUGUUUGAUCAAACAAACGAUAAUUAACAACAAAAAUAACAUAAAGGAACAAUUAAACAGGAAUUUUUAAGUUUAGUUUGAUCAGCUGAUUAAAGAAUGKUUAAAUAAGUUACCAAAGUAAGUGAAAGGACAGUGUUUUAAUUAUCUGCUUAGUAUUUGGUAGAUUUAAGGUCAAAUACUUUAAUAUCACAGAUGUAGACUAAUAAAGUUAUAAAUAGUUACUUUAAAAACAUAAGUGUGUCAGAGGUUUUAAUGCUGUUCAGGAACGAUCAUGUAUUUAAAGUGUCUCCAGAUUUAUCUGUAAGAAUGUAAAACUUUAUAUAAAUUUAAUUAAAAACAUUCUGGUUCUUCUGUUGCUGACCUUUGACCUCAUCACGUGACGUUAUGUUGCUGCGAUUUGACAAAAAUACGACCAAAAACAGCCAAACGUCCAGGUCUGAAGCCCUCUGAUGAUGAUUAAACUCUGGUCUGGUUGGUUCAGUCUGAGUAAAUAUGUACGCCACCAAGAAUACAGCGUGUGGACGUGAGCCCAGGCUGGUGAUGCAGUGAGAUACCACCUGAACAGAAAAGGGACAAACUGUGAUCUUUUUAUUUUUCUUCAAUGAGAACAAGGGAACAAGAACCACCUUGUUUGCUUUAACUGAGAACUGACGGCUCCGCCUGCGAACUUUCUACCUUUAAUAUAUUCAAACACUAGGAAGACAGAAACUGUUUAACUUCACUAACGAUGCUGGUUUGAUUUUGCUCAUAAAUUACAUCUUUUUGUUGUCUGAGCCGGAGCAAACGAAGACCUGAUUUCUGGAUUAUUCUGGAUUAUUUACACACGAGACGGAGCAGAGAUCUGAACUCUUUCUUGCCUAGCAUGAAAUUAUAAUCUGUUAUUCUUUAAAUUCUUCCAUGUUUUCUUUAAUGCUCUAAAUAAACAAACGUUACAGAUAUAAUAACCUGAAACAUAUUUAUUAAAAGUACUUCAACAGAA